GCGAAAAGCCACUACCAUGAGUUUUUAAACUUGUAUCUUUGGUUUUAAAGAAAAGUUUCAGCUGAAAGAUCUGUUUGGUUUUUGAAGCAAGGACCAAUUCCUAUUUUUGAAGACUCUGCAACAAUUGGAACCAACUCUUAAGAACUUUUCUUGGUGAUUCUAGUUGAUUUCGUUUAGAGUAUAACUGCAGGUGUUAGUUUGGGAUUUAAUGUGGCAUUGCAAAAAUGAAGAAUAAAUACACACCUGUUUCAGACUCUGAAGAGUCUUCGAAAACGCUCACUGAUGAAAAGGCAGACACCCGUUCUUCAGAGGGUACUCCCCCUCCGUAUUCAGCUUCAAACAAAUUUAUCGAUUUAGAAAUGGCUGACGGACACGUUCAGAAUUCUGCCCAAGAAUCUGUUGAUAACACUAGGUCGGACCCUUCAGCGAACAAAGAAUGUUGGAAAACCUUUGCCGCAGGCAUAAUGACUAUUAUAACGAUUUUAUAUAAUCUUGUUUUUCUAGCCAUAAUUUUUGGUUACAAGGUUUCUCCAUAUUCAAGAGCUUUUUAUGGGCUUGCUGGCGUUUCUAUUGGAUCUAUUUUUAUUUUCCUAUUAACGAUUCUUGUAACGUAUCCAGAAUGGUACAGGCAAGCUGGGUUCAAUAUGUGUGUUUCAGCAUUAUAUGUGUGUUUUCUCAAUGUCCCCGGUUUCGCCAUGUAUUAUACUGCAAAGAAGAUAAUACAAUUUGAAAAGAUAAAUAAUCUUUUUCUCUACGUUGUUUGCUUUGUUGAUUUUGUCUUGUUUCUUUUUAUUUCGAUGAAUCCAAUUGCCCGUGAACGACUUAGAUUAUUAGUCAUUGAUAUAGGCAACGGCGCAAAUGCCAUAGGUAACGGCGCAAUUGGCAUAGGAAACGGUGCAAAUGCCAUAGGAAAUGGCAUAGGAAAUGCUGUGAAUCAUGUUUUUGGAAGAAAUCAAGGAGAUGAAGUACCUCAGAACGAAGAAAUCGAACUUCAACCUCUUGCUGAGCAAAGUGGUGAAGUUUGAAUUUUAACGAACCUGGUUUACGUUUUCAUAAUUUGCAUUUUCUUUGGAAGUAUUCAUGUCAAUAUUGCAGUCCAUCAACUUUGCAUUCGCACCAUCCCCCAAAGUAAGCAUUAUCUUAAUAAGACGGCUUAAGUUGCUUUUCUCAUUCACUCUUCCAUGAAUCUUUUUAAUUCGUUAAGCAAUAUCGUUGUUUAUGCUUUGUGAAUAGAAUCGAACACCCUUUUUAAUGAUUAUUUAAUUACUCUAACGAAAAUUCUGCCGUGAUUAACUAUAGCUUCAACACAGUGUCGUGUAAUUGUAUGUCUUUUAUGAAUAUAGUCAAGGCCGGAAUAUGGCAAUGUCAUCAUCAUACAGAAGAGUCUUUUACUACAAAAUGUAAGAACGUCCUUACUGGAUCACAACUGAACUUGUAGUAAUUGUACCGACGGGAACAAAUGUUUACGGCUAUACCUAGGCAAAAACAGCACACCAGUUCCCGAUCAAUCACUGCAGCAAGUGAAAACCGUCUGAAGGCUCGUUAGUGCUACGAUUGGAGACAACAUGGGAAUCCGGGAUGCUGUGGGC